AUUCUCAUAAAAAGUGAAGCAGUAAUUCAAGAUUCCAGACAUGUCCUUUCCCCUCAGUAUUUGUUCUGUAAUUACAAACUCUUUAAUUGGUAUCAUAAACCUAUUGUCUUUAUUUCUGAAGUAAUCCAUAAAUGAGGCUCAUUGAAAAAUACUGCCAACCUAUUUUGAAGCAAAGCAUUCUUAUUUUUAAAGCAGAAUUUUUCUAAUUUAUUGAAUAUAGAAGUUAUGUUUGGACUUAGUGCAUUUGCCUGGAUUUUCCCUUGAAAUAAUUAUUGAUGGAAAAAUAAUGACAAGUAGAUAUAAUAAAAAAUACAUUGUAUAGGUUAAAAACUUAGUUUCUAGUUCUAGCUUUUCUGCUAAUUCAUUAUAUGACUUGGGUUAAGUCAGUUAACUUGUGUGGAUUUGAUUUCCAUUUGUAAAAUUGAAAAGCUUGAGCCAAAUGGACUCAACUAUCUUCUUGCUCAAAUAUUUUAUAAGUUAUGUGAAGGUUUAAAAGACUACAGUGCCUAUUGCCUUGCCAAGAAUCUCAAAUAGAAGUGGCCAACACCGAACAUGUGAGGGAGGAAAACAAGGGCUUAUGUAUCUAUGUUUAAGGCACUGAAUGCUGCAGUGUGGAGCCUUGAGGGCUUAUAAAGGCCUUAUAAGAAAGCCAUAAAGAUGAGAUAAUAAAAUAGAAAACUGAAGCCUGUGAUAGAUAAAUACGUGUGUGUAUGUUUGUGUGAAUAAAGAAAUUGAUACUAUUUGUUUAAGAGAAUGUGAGAAAUAGCCUAAAAACAGGAUUUUCCAUUUAUGCAACAAAUAUUUAUAGCAAACUGUGGGUCAGGUGCUGUUCUUAGCAAAUAUCUGAGGAUCAAUUGGGUUGAAGUUGGAUUAAACUGUACUUAAUGUUCCUAUUAGGAAGGAACAGUUCUCCAUUGUGGUCAGGUGAACUGGGUCAGGCAGGGUGCUUGAGAGGCCUCCUGUUGUACGUGGAAAUAACGUCCACUGUGUUGCAGGUGGUUUAGGAAUUGUCUUACCUAAUGGCCAUGUUUCCUAAACACUCUUUUGUAAUGUCCUCCUAAACUGAAUCUGUCGUUUCCUUUCCACUCUUGCUGGCUUGGCCACCAAAAAGGCUGCCUGCUCCAUUUUCUUCCCGAUUAAAUCCUAGAAUUUAGGGUGAUGGGGAUUUCAGUAUGCCAGAAUAAAUAAGCUAGAAUAGGAUUCAGCUUACCCUGAGUUGUGCUUUCUCAGUGUAAUGUCAUUAUUUUAAAAGCCACCAGUUCCAAGAAUAAUCUUUUUCAAGCUUAAGCACCAAAAUAUACCACAAAGCUAACUGUUGUCUUUGGGUUCUAUGAUGCCGCAAUGAUAAAUCAGCUUUCUUCUUGCUGUAGUCUCUAAGCUCCUUAAAUGGGCUCCAGGAUUCCCUCCACCAGCAUGGCAGUGAAUAGUGUCAAAUGAAGUUCACAACACAAGGUGAUUUUGAAGUGGCUCAUUGUUUUGAAUUUUCUUUGCCAUUUUAAAAUUAUUAUUUGAAUAAACAAGAGUUAUCUGUGAUUUCAGUGGGGUUUUUCCUUUAGAUUCUUAUGAAUGUAAAAACAGAGCACAGUAACACUUUUACAUUUAUGUGUUUAUUAUUGCAAAGGCAAAAAUGCAGAGUGUUUCUAUGGCUUACUUUAUGUUAUCAGAAUCAGCCAUCAAUUUAUAGACUGUAUAGAACCAAGGUCUCAAAAAAUGCUACCUCAUCUGUAAUAUUAAGCUAAUUAAGUAUCCUAUAUCAUAACCUAAGCAUUACUUCAACUUCAUUGGAUUUAUACCUGCUUAAAUUUAAAAAAACAGAGUGAAUUUUCUCUGAUAAGGCAGCAAUUUACCGUAGUGGAUGGAACAGUUAAUAUAUACAGCUUCCUAGAGUAACUAAAUUCAUGACAGCCUGAUAGGAGAAUACUGUUAUGAAUGGAAAUCUGUCCAAAGCCUUCCUGUUCAAAGUGUGGUACGUGGGCCAGUGGCAUAUGCAACGAGGAGCUUGUCGGAAGUGCAGACUCCUCAUCCUCGAGUCCACCACCUACUGAAUCAGAGCCUAGAUUUUGACCAGAAACCUCCGUGUAAUUUGUGUACAUGUUAAGUUUGUAGUUGGCGACAAGAUAGUUAGUUGUAAAUUAGAUUCACCUUUGAUCUGGAACAAAUAUAAACCCAACAAGUAGGGAUGAUGUGUACAGUCUGAAAAUAUUAAUAAAUGAUAAAAGUUGAAAGUUACAUGAAAUCUAUGAGAAGUUAGAAAUGUUGGAAAGAAAUAAGAUAAAAAUAUCUCAGAAAAUGCAAACUAAUAGUUAUGCAAAAAAUAUUCUGUAAUACAUAGUAUUUGGAGAAAUUGAACAUAGAAAACAUCACGACACAUGUGAUGUGGGAUGAUGGUAGACUACAAACCAGAAAUUAAUCAGUAAUAGAUCACAGUGGGCACUGUUCUAUGGCCAAUUUUAUUCUUUAGAGAUUUUCUUAAAAGCAUAGCAUAGUUGAGGCUUGUGUGCUUCUCACGCAGUUAGUAAUACUGUUUGCUAGAAAGAUAAACCAGAGGGUGUUCAGAGAUGGGCUAGAAGAUUGAUUAUGGCAUAGGAAGAACUGAUUUAUGAGGAGAGAAAAAUAAUUAAAUGGGCAGCACUAUGCUAUAAAAAGAGCCUAUGGAGACAUGGAUAUUUAUCUAAUGUCUCUAGUGCUGUUUCCCGUAGUAUCUAUAUGAAAGAUGCAGAACUGUAAGGAUAUAAGAAUGCCAAGAAAUUGGUUGCAGAGCAAAGCAAUAUCAGCUAGAAUUACUUGAUUAAAUUAGGAACAAUAGCAAAUAUUAUAUUUCAGAAAAUUUUACCUGGUGCCUAAGGAAUGACCUUGAACCAGAUGACUUUAUCCCUGAGAACUUUUGCAAAACUGUGGGCAAAGAGUGGAAAAUUAUUUAUCAAGUUGCUGAACAGUCUCCCCAGAAAUAAUUGGAACCCCAUCUCUUGAAAAUUCCAAGAUUAGGGUAGAGAAAAUCUAGGGUGCGGCAUGUGGGAACUGUCUCCACUUCUGGCAGAGACCUGGUGAUUGAUGAGUACCAUUUUUCCAUAUCACUGAUUUCUUUUGCAAUAUCUUUGAUUAUUGCAGAUAUUACCGUACAUAGAUAAUUUUUUUUGUCAGGUUGGUACCUUAUUUAGUUAAAAUUGCUACCUUCUAUAAAGGCAUCUAGAGCGUAUCGCUUGUCUGACCUCUACCGUGUCUGCCUCCUUGGCACCUAGCGACAUUCCUUUUUCAUUUCUCUCAGUCUGUCACUCAUUAAGAGGUGCAAUUCAUUACAUUGCAGAAGUGAAUUCACUUCCACAUUCACUUGAUUCAGAAAACAAAAAAGACAAGCCCCAAAUGCAUCUCGACUUUUGGAACCCUUUUUCAAAUAGAUGCAGAAACUCUGAAUGUCCGAAAUCAUCCAGCGCCUUAGAGAGUUUAGUGAUUCUUUUCACUAGGAUGAAAACCCAGUUUGUGUUUGCCAAGGAGCAGUGGUCUGAGAAUAUGACAUUUCCUUUUCCCUCCCUCAGUACACUUCCCCCCCAUCCCCUAGUGAAAUCUAUCAUAUGAACAGGGAAGUCCAGAAUCCUGAUUCCAUGGUUCAAAAAGGAAGUAAAGCACAAUAAAAUUGAAGCAGGAUAUUUUCCUUGACAUCUUUGCAGGCGGGAACUGGAGCACAGGUGAUGGAGCUAGCUGGCUAUUUCGGCGCUGGCAGGGGCAAACUCAAAACAGGCACCUCCUGCUGUUGGUGUGGGGGUGGUUGUGGCACCUCUAAGAAGAGAUGGAAAUCAUAUUGUUCUGAAUUGCUUAUCUGAUUGCUGGGCCAAAUGCUCAUUCUACUUAGUAACAUUUCUGCAGUUUGUAGCAAAACCCUUAACAUUAUAAAAUAACAGAUAGGAGCCAUUUCAAACCAUAAAGGAAGAAAGGAAAGAUACCACAGAAAAGUCUGGAGGUGGGGUUCUUAGCCAGCCACCCAUUAAAUCUGGGACUGGGUCCAGUCCAGGGGCCUUCCAGCAACACUGAGGAGUGGCCUUGGCCCGAUGCCUUCAGUUGCCCCAGGACUUUAUUCUCGUCCUACAUGGUGACUAAACCUCCAUGAAGGGAAAUAGAGCCAACAUUCCUUUCACCUGAGGGAAAGAGAGAGAUGGAUGGCAGGGUUGCAUCCUGUCCUCUGCAAGGGUCAUAGAUCAGAGGAAAGUCUGAGGACAAUAAGAAACAGAUCUGCAUUUUACUCACCCUUCUGAUGUAUCCUAGGCAGGUUCCCAGAGGAAGAUCCUGGGCGGGCCCCCAGUUUCCCUGACCCCUUCAUGGGCGGGAACUGGAAUGUGAGUGCUGGAGCUAGCCAGCCGCUUCAGCGCCAGCAGAGGUGAACUUCACUCACUCGAACCAGCUGCACCCAACCCCUCAUAGGAGGGAACAUGCAGCUAGCUGUGAGGUGGUUGGAACACAACUGCCACUACCAGCACAUGGACGAGCUCCUGCAAUACAUCCGCUUUGGCCUAAUGGAUGUGGAUACUCUCCAUACAGUUGCCCUGUCCCACCCCCUUGUCCAAGCAAGUGAGACUGCAACAGCCCUUGUCAACGAGGCCCUGGAAUACCACCAGAGCAUCUAUGCACAGCCCGUCUGGCAGACUCGCAGGACCAAACCACGGUUCCAGUCAGACACUCUGUAUAUCAUUGGUGGGAAAAAGCGCGAGGUCUGCAAGGUCAAGGAACUUCGGUACUUCAAUCCCGUUGAUCAGGAGAAUGCUCUCAUAGCCGCCAUUGCCAACUGGAGUGAGCUGGCUCCCAUGCCUGUGGGAAGGAGCCACCAUUGUGUGGCAGUCAUGGGGGACUUCCUGUUUGUGGCUGGAGGGGAAGUUGAGCAUGCCAGUGGCCGGACGUGUGCCGUGAGGACUGCCUGUCGCUAUGACCCCCGCAGUAAUUCCUGGGCAGAGAUAGCACCCAUGAAAAACUGCCGGGAGCAUUUUGUGCUGGGUGCCAUGGAGGAAUACCUCUAUGCAGUUGGGGGCAGAAAUGAACUACGCCAGGUUCUACCUACAGUUGAGCGAUAUUGCCCCAAGAAGAACAAAUGGACUUUUGUUCAGUCCUUUGACAGAUCCCUUUCAUGCCAUGCUGGAUAUGUGGCUGAUGGUCUUCUUUGGAUAUCAGGUGGAGUAACUAAUACGGCACAAUAUCAGAACAGGCUAAUGGUAUAUGAACCUAACCAGAAUAAGUGGAUAAGCCGUAGCCCCAUGCUGCAGAGAAGGGUCUACCAUUCCAUGGCUGCUGUACAAAGGAAGCUUUAUGUUCUUGGAGGCAAUGACCUAGACUACAAUAAUGACCGGAUCCUUGUGCGCCAUAUAGAUUCUUACAACAUAGACACUGACCAGUGGACACGUUGCAGUUUCAACCUGUUGACUGGCCAAAAUGAAUCUGGAGUUGCUGUCCAUAAUGGGAGAAUAUAUUUAGUUGGUGGAUAUUCAAUUUGGACAAAUGAGCCUCUGGCUUGUAUCCAGGUACUGGAUGUAAGCAGAGAAGGCAAAGAAGAAGUAUUCUAUGGACCUACACUCCCUUUUGCUUCCAAUGGAAUAGCAGCAUGCUUCCUUCCAGCUCCAUAUUUCACAUGCCCUAACCUUCAAACUCUUCAAGUGCCUCAUCACAGGAUUGGCACCAUCUGAAAAGCCAAUGCCAUCAUGAACAGGAGGAAAACAUAGCCCUGACUGUUGGAUACUGGGCAUGAAAAGACUCAGUGCUCAAUGCUUCCUUGUCUUGCUUUAUAGGUCUUGUAUUCUGAUAAAUUUAAGCAAAAAAUGAACAAUUUUCUAAAAUACAUUAUUAAAAACUCUUGUCACCCUUCUCAGUGUAUGUCAACAUGCAAUAUGUAUGACUUUUAUUGUGGUAUAGCUUAGUGCCAACUUAAGGUACAUUGUGUCCCAAGGGUCUUUAGAGCAUUCUUUGUACACUUUUUCUAAUCAGCACUGUCUUAAGACAACAUAACACUGUUAGUAAGGCAAUUUAUUGGACAAAAUGGCAUCGAUGAUCUUAAAAAAUAUAUAUUCUGUACUUAAUCCCUUUAUUAUUUAAAGCGGGGCUUGUAAUUUUUCUUUUUAAAAUUUAACAUUAAGCAGCCCUGCUCAGUAGAGACUCAGCAUUAUGACAUCAUAAAAUUUUAAAUACCAUAUUUUAUUCAAGGUGAUACGAAUAAUAGACAUACACUGGAACAGUAGUUGAAACACCCAGAUUUUUCACCUUGGUUACGCUGACCUUGGGUCAGAACCUAACUUUACAAUGCUUCAGUUUUCCCACCUUUUAAGGAGGAUAAUUACUGAUUUCCAUGUUAAUUUAAAAGAACAUCAUGAGGAUUAGGCAAACAUUUUGAAAUACUUUGCCCAAGAAAAAGAAAAGUGUUACUGAAAUUACAAGGUAUUUUACUGUCUUUAGAACCUUGUAAAUGAACAGGGAGAUUAUUUUUGAAGUUUAAAAAUUACUAGAUAGAAUUUGAAAACAUGUUAUGGAAUAAAUGAUUCUAAAAAGCAUGUGAAAGACACACAGUUAGGAAAUAGGGAGUUUAUUAAAAUCAAAGAUAUCUAAACUUGUACAGAUAUCUAAACUUGCCUCAAGUAACUCUCAGAUGUCUCAUUUAAAAUCAUUUAGUGAAAAAUGACAUUUAAAGCUAAAAAAUAAUUUAGUUGUACUAAUUAUGGUACCAUAAAGUGCUUUGACAUAAAUUUGAACCUAGAAUUGGCAGUUCUAAUAAAAGUUUUUCCACUUUGUUAAAGGUUAUGUCAAUCUUGAGUGCUUGUGGGAUUCUUCUCCACCACCAAUACAUAUUUUAUUACUAUCACUUUUAAUAAUGCAUAGGAAUUCUUUUUUAGGCUAGUUUUUGAGUUUGCUUUGUCUAUAACAAAAAAUAAAUACAACAACUUAAUAAUCACAUUUGAAAACACAUUUAACAAGUAUAAUGUGAGUUUUUCUUUUUUUCCUAACUUCCUCAGGACCUAGGUCACCUUUAUUAAAAGGAAGAAUUCACUCUUUUUUCCUUGACAGUUUAAUCAUUCAGCAAUCCCUCUCUUAAAGGAAAUUGUUAUUUUAUUCAUGUAACCAUUUUUUGUAAUCAAAAGUGAAUAAAAAUGAUCUUUUUGUCUCACAGAAUUCACUAACUUCAUAUAUCAUUAUACAUAAAACAUAGAAAUAAAUAUAUGGUUUCUGGUUAUUCAGAUUUAAAGGGCAGGAAGGAGACUAGGGAGAAGGAAAACAGGUAAAUUUUUAAAAGAAUAGGAAUUUAGUAUAGACUAAAUUCCUUAGUAUACUUAGUAUAUUUCCUUUAGUAUAGACAAACCACUGUUGAGGACAGUUCUCAACAGUGAAAAUUGAUAUUGACAAUUGAAAUUUAGAAUGAAGAUAGCUUCUUUAAAUGGUUUAAGCCAUCUAAACUAAAUUUUAAAAAUGCCUUACCAAGGCAGGAAAAUGAACUCCAGUAUUUCAGAAAUCUUUUCAACAGGGACUUAAGUAUUCAGCUAUAUUAAUUUUUCUACUUGGGACAUGAAUUUUCUCUCUAGCAGUUUUACCUAGUAAAACUAUGAAAAUCUAUUUGUAUUCCCAGGCCCUACAUCCAAUCAAUGAAAGGGAAAGCUCUAAAAACAAGCUUACCCAACUAAUGGAAAGGUAGCCUGAGACUACCCUCAUUUCUGUAUAUAUUUUUAACAAUUCAUAUAAAACAAAUCAGCAUAUAUUAUCAACCCCUCCUAAGUGAUCUUUAUAAUGUAAUAUUCACUAAUAUUACAGAACUGAACUCAGAAUUUUAAAAAGUUUUACCAGGUUCAGACACAUCCUUUAUAACUAUAGCCAAGAGUAGUACAAAAACAUAACAUCUCUUCCCUAAAAGGGAAAAAAACCUAGAUAAGUUAUAAUUAGAUCCUUUUAUUCAAGGUUAUCAAUAAUAGGAUUCUAUUAAACUAUGUCUGGUCAUAUGAGCCAAAUUUCACUGAAACUAUUCAAACAUACACUUUCGAUUUAAGUGAACUACCCUAUAGUAAUUCAUCUUCCAUUUCCAUUUUUAUUCUUCAAAAUUAAAGGUUAUAUUGUAUUUGUAAUGUAAAUUAUUAUACUAAUGUGAAUUUCUAUAGGAAGGUCAUGAGACUUGCAAACAUUUAAAUAUCACUUCAAGUUUUUACUUUAAAAGAGAAAACAAAAUACAGUACCACACAGAUGAUAACAGAUAUUCUUGGUGUUAAAGGAAAAGCCAGCAAAGAUGUGAAUUUCUAAAAUCAUCUGUACAAUGCAAUAACACUUCUUAGAUCCUUAAUAACAAAAUAGCAAUUAGGUAAUGAUUAGGGUACUUUUCAUACUUUUUCCUUCAUAUUUUCUUCACACUUUAACCACAUGUACAUCAAACUCUUUCAGCUACCAUGACAUCGGAAAACCUAACUUUCUAUAGUUUUACCACAAAUAUAAAAACAUCAGUAAUAAGAUAGAAAUUAUUCCUUCUGGUAACAUGGCUCAUUUUUACUUUAGCUUCCACAUAAUGAAUCUGUUAUAAAAAGGAAGUUUUCAAUAAUCAAGGGCACAAUGUAAGUUAAAUAUAUACUUUUAUUACUAUAUAUAAAUUUUUAUAUGCACAAAUAACUCAUAAAUAUGUAUAUAAAAUUAAAAUGUCCACAAUUUUUCUAGAAGCACAAUUCACAAAUGCAAUGAAUUGGAUGCCAUCGGCACAACAAAAAUUUUAAUAAGUAUAAACUGGUCAAUUCCAACCAUUUGGUAAUUUACAAUGCAGGUUAUCACACUAUCAAAAUACACAUAUCUUAUUAAAUUUGUGAAGAAUAUGCUACGUUGCUAGCUUCCCAAACCAACUGUUUCUAUCCAAAUAAAGCAUAUUAUUUAUAUUGGCAUACUAUACUCUUGCCUGACAAGGCAAUAUUUUUAACUCUAAGAGGGGUAGGCAAAAGAUCAGUUUUUUGGAAAAUAUAAGAUUUAUAUAAAAAGUCUGGAUAAAAAAGCAGUGGUUUAGUACAGAUGAUUCAACUUUUGGUGAGGUUUCUGUAUCUAUUUACCUUUCAGACAUGGGGAGACAUGAGUGGUAUGAUAACAUGUACGGUUUGGGGAAGGCAGAUUUGUAAAGGCUUUUCUCGACUGUAGAAGCUUGUCAAAUUUUUAUAUAACACAUAAUUUUAGCUGUCAAAGAUUCUGUGAAAGUACAUGGAAACAAGUCCAUGUAAUUAUUUAAGAACAAGGUAGUUUAAAAAAUUUGUUGUAAAGCAUGGAAGAAAAUAAUAAUAGGUAAUGAAAACCCACAAACAUCUGACUCACAAAUAUUAUAUAGAUGCUGAGGUAGAAAAAGUCGAAUAUGCUUAAGAAGAAAACAUACGAAGGACAGGUAUAGAUAUACAAGUUUUAAACUAUGAAAUUCUUCUAAUGCAAAUGAACUCAAUACUGAAUGACUUUUCCACAAUCCUCCGUGCUUCCUUCCUCGCCAUGGAAACGUUCUAAUUAAAUUGAAAUUUAAAUCAUAACCAAAUCCAAAUGCCUAAUAAAGUCCUUUCAUCACUGUUGUCCUUCAAUCGUCUUUUAUACUGUAUCUGGUAUUGUAUAGAUAUUAUUUGAAUGGAAUUCUCAUGUCUCCAAAUGUGUAUUUUAAUUUUCUUCCUAUUUAAGUGUCUUCAAUUUCUAUAGGAAACAGGUCCUAUACAGUUUCCACACUGUAAACUGAAUGAGGCUGAGUGUAGGAUGAACAUGGCAAUCAGAGAAAACUACUAAAGGAGCCUCUUGUUUGGAAAGAGAUAAGCUUGAAGAUAAAAGGUACACUCAGAUAGGUAGCAGAAAGUCUCCAGACUGAAGGGUUUGAACAUCACCUUAUAAACAAUGGGCAGUUAUUGGAAAUCCUUGAGCAGAAAAGUAACAAGAGGAAAACAGUAUUUUAGGAAUAUACAUUUCAGAACAUAAGAUGUAGGAGAGGACACCAGAGGUAAGGAAAUUAGUAGUGCCCAACAGAAAAAACAAACAUCAAACCAGUGGAUGCAAGGCAUUGCAAAAAGAAAAAAAGAAGCCUAAGAGCCUGUAAUGGUAAUCAACUGAAAGUGGGAGAAAAACGAAGAACCUAAAAUGCCUCUGACAUUUCAAGGCUAAAUAACUUGGGACAAUAGUGUAUUCCCUGGGUAGAAAAUCAAAGCAGGAGGUAGUCUGAAAUAGAAAGUGACAUGGGUAGCUUGACAUGUUGCCUUGAGAUUUCAGGAGACUCCAACUACAGAGGUUUAGAGAUAAAUUAGCACUAGAAAGAGAUUUAAGAGAUAAAAGGUGGAGCUAUCAGUUCACCACUAACAGAAUGUUGAGACAAAGCAGAUGAAGGGUCAUAUCUUACGACUGGGGACAGGAAAGAAGACCAUGAAGGUGCUCUCAAGAUACAGUGGUCAUUUCUUGAUAUGUCUGGGGACUGGUUCCAGGAUCCCCUGUGCAUACCAAAAUCUGCACAUACUCAAGUCCCGCAAUUGGCCCUGAGGAACCUGCCUAUACAAAAAGUUAGUCCUCCAUAUACUCAGAUUUUGCAUCCCACAAAUACUAAAGAACAAAGAACAUGAGAAAGGAGAACAAACUCAGAUUUGACCAAAAAAGAAUGGCUUAUAUUACACUGGUAGAAGAAGUAGCCUCCGAAAUUACAGGGUAUUUAGGGAAAAGUGGCUAUUAAAGAAGCAGGUAUAAGGGACUCCAAGUCUGGGAAUGGAAGAAGGCAAGAUUGUAGUAGUAAGUGAAAGAUCAGUGAAGAUUUUUUAAAAAAGGAACUGAGCCAUAAAUUUUCUUCUUUCGUCAACUAAAAAAAAAAAGCUUUAAAAAAAUUUUACUUAUACAUAAAUACAAAACAUAUAAUACACAUAUUGUUACAGACUUUGUUGUUACCAUUUUUAAGUACAAAUUUUAGUUAUUCUUAGUAUCUACAGAUAUAUGUCCUAAAGCAUGAUUCAGUAGCAGCUUUUCCUAUCCUUUAAAUGUUUCAUACUCUAAGAAGCAAGAUUCUCAAACAUAUCUUUAAUCAAUCUCCUUUGGAAAAAAAAAAAAAA